UAAUAUUUUCCGAUUAAUAAAAAUGUGUAAAAGAAAAAAAUUCUGGUCUUUAUUCGAUCCACGCGUCUUUUAUAAUAUUUUGGCGUAAUAAAAACUAAAACAUAGCAUAGCUAAUCGUUAUGAAAUCGAGAACGCGUGAGUUGGAUACAUUUUCACAGACCUCAAAAUUUUAAAUUCCCACACGCAAUAAAUAACUGUGAAAUGAAAUGUUAAGAGUCAUAGCAACAAACUGUUUAUCAAGAAAUCGCGAAAAGAACAGUUUGUGUCAGAAUACAUUCUGAAAAGAAAAACAACAAAAGAGUAAUUAGUUGAAAAUUUAUGUGACAAUGAAUCUCUCAGCUGCUUGCCAAAAUCAUUGAACUAGAGGAACCGAUGGGAAUUUGGAAGUGAACGGAUUAAGGUUAUAUGCUCAUAUAAGUGUACCUAUAUUAUAUAUACUCGUAUGUAUGUGGAAUAAGAGGCAUUGAAAACAUUUCUCUGCGCGUUCCGAGCCAAGCAACAACAACACGCAACAAUUGCAAAAGAUGAAAUGAAAGCGAAUAUUCGAUGAAACACUUCGUGUGGCUGUAAAUACGCGUACUCACCUGUUGAAGCUGCUGGCGAGCGUCUGUUGGCCAUUGAGGCCCACCAUCGGUCACUGCGAGUCUGUCGGAUUGAACCUGCACUUUUCCAAUCAUCGCAAUGUAAAAGAGGGUGACAGAACAGAAAUAUCGCUGCCAAGGCGAAGGCAAACGCACAGCUAAGACUACGCUUCUAAAAAUAGUCCCAGAAGCAAACGACAACUGCGAGACAAAAAAACAAAAACAAACCAAAGGCAAAAGCCAAAAACCAACAAUAGAGAAGAAGAAGAAGCCGGCAACAACAAUGUGAGUGGUAAUGAGCAAAUAAUAAUGAUGAAGAGAGUACUUGAAAAGCGUUGAAGAGCAUGGCUGCAACCACAACAACAACAAGAAACCCAGCAGCGACAAGUCAAUAAUGCAUAAUGCGAUGAUUGAAUUUGUGCGCGGCCAAGAAAUGUGCGACAAACGCGACAACCAAACAGCGAAAAUCAACAGCUGCUUUGCUACUGCGGAGCGCUGUCUAAAAAUAGGUCAGGCGCACGUUGUGACAGUCGUAAAUGCGCGAUGCGGUAACAUCAAAGGCAACAACAACAACAAAAGCGAGGAAACUACAAACAACUAUUGAGGAGAAUAAACGAUCGAAAACAUUUUAAGCUAAUUAUGUGACGUCAUAGUGACGAACGAGUGCCACGUCACAGGCGUCAAGGCGUUCAAAUAAUGCCGAAAAGCCAUACAAAAUCAUAAAUACGAGUACAUAAGUAAGAUAAGAGAAUGCGGCGCUGAAGGUUACUUAUACGCCCGGGUGCCAGUCACCUUUGUUAGUUGCACAUAAAGACGCUACGAAGGGGUGGAACUAAAAUACCGAGAGCCAAAACACGGACCAUAGUGAAACAAGAAAUCGACAGCUGCUCAACCAGAUAUUCUCAGCAAAAUCCGAACCGAAGUACAAAUUUCAAUAAACACUUACUCAUAUACACACAUAUGUAUAUGUACGUGUGUGUGUAUGUGUGCUUUUGCGGAAAAUUGAGCAAAUUGUCAACGAAAAUUGUCAAAAUGUUUUUCAGCUGGCUCAGUCUAAUUUCGCUGCUGAGAUCACUUGGAACGAACGAACGAGCGAACGCGACCAGCGCGAAUGUGAGCUGCCACAACAAUAACACAAACAAAACAGCAAAUAAAUAAUAGCGACAAUGAGCGUAAAAGGUGAAAAUUGCUGAAAAUUAUUAUUUUUGCGAAAAAUACGAAUUUUUCAAAGCCAAAGAGUGAAGAGGAAAAAAUGUUUCAGUAGUUCUACAAAAGCGAGAAAAUUAAAAAAAAAAAUCAAAAAAAUAAAUAAAUCAGAAUAAAAAGUGUGAAAAAUGUGAACGCGAAAUUAAGACGGAAUAAAAAUUAAAAAGUGAGUUGAGCAGCGCGAAAUUCAUUUUCAACGCAACUAUUAGGUUUGUUGUUUUUUUUCGGUGUGUAUAUUUUGCAAAUAAAUCAACUUGAAGUGUGUGAUAAGUGUUAGCGGGCAACAAGCAGCAACAACAAAGCAAGAAAGUCGACGGCGUUCCUUUGCUGAACACGCGUGUGUAUGUGGAGCAGCGGCAGCGGCAGCGGCGCUGACAGCGGAUCCAGACGCUAGGCACUUAGGCAGCGAGACGGAUGUGUUAAAUGCAAUAAAUCAAUGGCAGUAGAGGAAGAGCAAAAGCGAAUGGCGAAAAGUGAAAAAGGGAAAGUAAUGUGAAUGAAUCGUUUCAGAAAGCAAGCGUUCUAACAUUUGUAUUUGAAAUACCGUUACAUAAAUAAAUAGAAAACGCCGAGAUAAAUAUAAAUUAUUUGAUUAACUCGCUACGUUCGUUCAUUUUGUUCCUUUUGCCUUGCCCUCACUCCCUCACUCCCUGCCCAGCUUACGCUGUUCGGUCGUUGUACGUGUGCUUGUCGCCUAAAUGUGUCGCUCAGCUGUCUGCUCCACAAGAACAAGAACAACAACAAUAACAUACGAGUACAAGCACAAACACAGCUACGAUUGUGACAUUGACGUCAGCUACAGCUACGCGAAAGUCGUGCAGUUUUAAAAACACACAAAAACAACAACAACAACAUAUUUCACUGGAUUAAAUGAUAUCGAUCAAUAUGCAACGUUCUAAAUGACGACUACGCGUCUAAACGACGGAUAGCGCGGGAUGUAUCAGUUUUAUUUGUGAUAUUUGCUUUCCCUGAGUUAAAGACAUGUUGUGAUUUAGCUGAUUUUUAUUUGAAAGAGUAUUUAGUUGAAAUUUCAAACAACAAAUUUUGAGUUUAGCUGUUUUUAUAAGCUAAAACAAAAACCAAGACCAAAAGACAAGAGAAAUUAAGAAAAACACCGAAGACAUGGAAUUCGUAUAAUACAAAUAUAAUCUAUAAAUAAUUUAAGUAACUUACGAAUAACACAAUUCUACUUAAGAAAAUAAUAAAAGUAAAAAAUAACACUAAAAUAAAAUAUAAAAUAAGAAUAUGAAAAUAAAAUAGACUUAAAUGACCUGAGACAAAUGUUAGGCCCAUACGAGCAAAGUGAUAACUAAACAUAGUAUAAAUUAAAGAAAUCUCCACCUAAACAUCCCAUCGAGCAUAUAAAAGACAAAAACUCUUCCACUUAAUCAGCCCAACGUGUUCCCUUAAAUUCUGGUCCGUCCAAGUAUCAGCAGCAGCAGCUCCCUAAUCGCAACUGUGAAGGCGAAGUGUGUGAGAUUCGCAGAGUCACCAUGUCACAUGGGGCCGGCCAGGAAUGUUUGUGAUAUUUCCAGCUGAUGAACUCAUUUUGAUGACAUAUGGUCCCGCAAUACCACGUCUAGCACCACGACCAACACUCGAUUGUCUGCGUGAACCCGAAGUUCCAAUUGAAAUACCACCAAGAUCAUUGCCACCGCCGCAACCAUCGGCAAUCGCCACCGCUACUGAAACAAACAAAGCAGCAACUGAUAACAGCGCCGGAAGCGCAGCCGCCACAAACAGCAGUCGAACUGCCGCAAGCAAAGGAGUUAACAGCAGUAAGGACAAUAGCGCCAACACCACUGCAGCAGCACACAUCUCUUCUGCGUCGCGGAACUUGAACAGCGGCGCGUUCGCCGCUGCGCCAGUCUUCACCACCGCCUUCACUUACGAUUCCGCCCAACCCGCUCUACCGCAACACGCCUCGAACUCUCUACCGCCAACGCCAACUCGUCACAACUCACACACAUCGCGCACGUCGCGCACAUCCCUGACACAUUCUGCCUCGGCCGUACCUCCGCCGGACGCAGCCACCUCCAAACGUUCCAGUGUACGGAGCAAUAGAAGUAACCGCAGUCUACACCAACAGACGCCGCCGAGACAGCAGCCACUGCAGUUGUCGGCACCGUCACCAUCGAGUCUGCAACAGCAACAGCAGCAGCAACUGCUGCUCCUACAGCAGAAGCAGCAACAAGAGUACCAACAGCAGCAACUACUUCUGCAACAACAACAGCAGCAGCAGGAACAGUUACUGCGGCACUUGCAAAUCCAGAAGCAAAACAGUAUUUCUAAGCGACUCAGCAACUCAGCUACAACCGUCCAAAUGCAGAACGAUGCUGCGGACAGUUCGCGUUCGAUGCAGGGCCGACAGGGCGGGCAAAGACCCACGCUAGAGCGCAGCUUAGCUGUGCGCGGCACCACGCCGCAACGUGGUCUUGUGCCGCAAAGAGGAGCGACGCCACAGUUCAGUCAUGACUCCGACCAAUUGGAUGAAUAUACGGGCGCUACAUCACUUGGAGCAGGUGGUGGACAAUUGAUAAGUGCGCGUGAUCGUAGUCCAAGCAUAUUUCUUGAGCCACCUUCGCCCGAUCCAACACAGAUUAUUUAUGGCCCAGGCUGGGGACGGCCGAUGUCACCGAUGGAUCUGCCACCAGAACCGCGGCCCAAGUCCCCCACGCCAAGCAAAUCGUCUCGUUUGCGUCCAAAAUUACAUCUGCCAUUGGGUAGGCUAGGACGGUCCUCAUCAACGGAUCAGCGAGAGUCGAAUCGAUUGAAGGAAGACCUACAACUACUCGUCGAUAACCCAGUUUUUAAUUGCGAAAAUUUGCGACAGCGCAAUUUUGAUGCGUUCUUUGAGUCGGGGGAGCCGAAGUAUAAGCUGCAACCGAUGACACCGAACUCGGCUCCCGCCGGCUCGUUAUCGAGUGCCAGUAGUCAGUAUUCGCCGCAAAUAGAUGGACGUAGCACGAAGAGUGCCGGUGGAGGCGGUGGUGGGGGCGGACUGUUUGCACCCACGCCAAACGAGGGCAAGGCGGCACUGAACUCGCGAUCACGAUCCACCGAACAGCCGGUGUCACCGGGCCGCGAAAGACGUGCGGCGUCCGUUAGUAGUGGUGUUGUGCCCCAGAAAGAUUCUUCAACAAAAUCUUCAAGUGGUCGAAAAAGUCGUAGAUUCUUUGGGUGGAGGGGGCCACGUAGUGGUUCCCUUGGCCCGCGGGCCGGUAUGGCUUCCUAUAAUGGGGUGCUAAAGGAUUACGGACACAGCAGUUUGAAUGAGGCUUUCAAAUCCCAAAACAAUGUCAACUUUAAGUUAAUCAAAACAGUAUCUGAUUUCACCGAAACCCUCUCCCAUUUAUACGAGGAACAUGCAACUGCCCUACAAUCUUUGGUCUCCAAUUUUCGUAAAAAGAAUGCAGAACUUCGUAAAGAAAGACCCGCCUGCCAUUUGGCAAUUUUCCAAGCAUGGGAAACAUUCCUACAGGAGGUUGAAUCCGAUUCUCAGGCAUCAAACGAUGUGGCCAACGUGCUUUCACGUCAGGUGUCACGUCCAAUGCUCGAUAAAUCCUUUCAUCGCAAAGUUCAAAGUCGGAAAAUUUUCACACACAGGGAGUCUUUUGAGACUAUUAUCGCAAAGACUGAAGAGAAGCUUUCGAAGUGUCGUUUGGAUUACAAACAAUGUUACAUGUCGCAUCGCCAAAGUCCCACACCACUCUCACUCACCGAAUACAUAGACGCGCACAAUGCGUACGUGCAACAGUUGCAUGCCACCAACGCCAUGCUGGAGACCUACCACUGUGAGACGGUGCCGCAGUUGAUGCAGGAGCUGGAGGAGAUACACAAUGACUUGUGCAGUAUUAUCUCCGAAUCGAUACAACAGGGUGCCGAUGUCAUUGCCAACAAGGCAUCGGAUCAGGCGAAACGCUAUGGCUCACUGACGGUGCAGUGCAGCGCUGUGUCGCCGAUGCAGGACCUCACGAGCUUCGUGCGCAUUCUGCCGCCGCUGCCGUUGCAGGUGCAAAAAGUUCCUAAGCGCAUUUUUGCGCCGCCGCAGCUACCGCCGGCCGAAGUCGAGGAUAACGGUGAUUUUAAUGAGAUGGCGCCGGUAUUGCGCAAUGAGUUGGUCUUCGAUCGCCAUUCGACAUUGUCGUUGCGGCCAGCCCUCGAGUCGUUGAAGCGGGAGGCGCAUGAGCUGGAAAUGCAAAUACGUUUAUUACAGGAUACCGUGGACGGCUUGAACCGCACGCAGCAGCGAGGCAUCGAGGGACAGUUGUACAACAAGGUCAAUGAGCUACAGGAGGAACUCUCUUUGAAGAAAUUCGAUUUGCGUGCUAAGCAGUUACACUUUGCUGCCAUCAGAGCACAGAAAGAUUUGUACGUGAGCAAAGUCGAUCCGGGUUCGCCACGCGCCGAGCGUAAACUUUCAGCCGCGACCGCGCCAUCGAUGAAAACAAAGUGGCUGAAAGCAUUUAGAAGCCUAAAGCCGGCUUCCGGUUCAGCCCCAGCCGAUAGGCGCAAUGGAGCCGCCGGUACGUCUUCACAGCCGCUGCGCCCCAACGAGGAUGGCAGCCAUCACCUGCAGGAGUACACAUACAAGAAGAUAACCGCCUGCGAUGUUUGCUCGCAAAUACUAAGAGGUCACACACGUCAGGGUUUACGCUGCCGCAUCUGCAAGCUGAACGCUCAUGGCGACUGCGCCUCUCAACUGCCCCGCUGCCAGCCAAAGCAGAAGCUGCUGCGCCGACAGAAGAGCACUUCGGAGUUGGAGAACCGCGUCGAUGUCGAGGAAGAAAGACCAGCUGAGGAUGGCAUAAGGGCGCCCACGCCGCCACCGCCACUCGCGGUGCAAUCAAAGGCACAGCAGCAACAACAGCUACAACAGCAACAGCAGCAGACCCUGGGCGACCCUGAAGAGGAUGCGUUGCUGGCCUCGCCCAAUGUGAACCAAACGGUUGGAAACAGAAAAUUUCGCCAGAAAGUGCCAUUCAUCGAUCGCAUAGCCCAAUUAGCGUCCACGACGGGAACCGGUGUCGUAGCCGCCAGCGCCGACAAAUCCGUCCAAGGUAGCAGCAAAACGGAUGGACCCGACAUACAGAUCGUUAACGUGCCCGAUUACCCGGAACGUACCGGCAUCGUUGGGGGCCCGGGCAGCAGCAGCAGUACGGGAGGUCUCUCGGCGAUAGCAGCCACGGCCGUGGCGGCGGCUCAGCGCGCUGGACGGGGCGUGCGGCCGCCGCCGGUUCCGGUGCCAAUACUCGGUGUGCAGUUGCAGCAGCAGGAGCUGGCACAGCAGCGCAGCGGUGGAUUGCCGGUGCCGCAGCAAGAUGUCUCGAGCAGUUCAGCCCCCCACUCGCCGCGUCGCCAAAAGUUGAAUUUGCGCAUGAAAUCGCUGAGCUUGGACUCACCAGAAUCGACAGAACUGCACGGCCAAAUGCGUCGGCGCCAACAGCCGGUCAUCGGUACAACAACAGUUGUUGGUGGCGGCAGCGUGUAUUACCACGGCGGAUCCGGCGGCCACUUGGAGCAUAAUACUCCGCCAUCGAACAAUAGCCGUUUGCAUUCGCCCUCCAGCCCCUCACACCAGGGCCGCAAGCUGCUGUACGCCACGCGCGGCAUGCGCGGCGGCAGCGUCGACCUGCCCGACGAGAUGGAGAAGUCGCAGUCGUCGGCGAGCACCUCGCCAUGCCCCUCACCAAAAUCUCACCGCUUAUUGCCAACGAAUUUGUAUGUAAUUCUGUACAAUUUCAAAGCACGCCACGCUGACGAGUUAGACCUGAAAGCUGGUUACAAGGUCACGGUCAUCGACACCUCAGACCCAGACUGGUGGCAGGGCAAAUUACUAGGACGCGUCGGUUACUUCCCAUCCAAAUAUUGCGUGCGUCUGAAUGCCAAUGAGAAGCCGUUGCAGGUCACACACAACUUGCAGGUAUCCGAUGGUGAGCGAGGCGAGAGUAUGACGCUUUUGCGGGAUCAAAUAGUUAUACAGACCGGCGAUGAGGUCAAUGGCAUGGUGAUGGUGCGCUCUGCAGACAAUCGUCAGGGCUAUUGCCCCGUUAAGUACCUGCAAGAGGUGUGACAGCCAAAAGAGCCGCCAGCUGAGCGUGACAAGCCGCAGAAGUCUUCGCUGUCAUCAAAGCUUUUAGAUAAAACGAAACGUAGAAUAAGAAUUGUAGUUUCCGAGAAUGGUGGCAGUGGCGCGAGUUACAACAACCUGGGUCGCGAACCCAGUGCACCGCCUGCCGAGCACGGGAUGAAGAACAUAAAUAUUGAUUACAAUGACGACUACACUGGGGGUGCAGAAGAGGAGUACUAUGGGGGUUUCGAUGCGGCCACUGCCAGUAGUAGAAGUAAAAAUGAUAAGAAUUGGGAGAACUGGGAGCGCAUAAGAGAACAGAAAUUGGAGAGAAUGAAAAAUAUUUGCUUUGAAAGUUACCGUCAAUCGAAACGAGAUCGAAUGCAACAAGCUAAACCCAAACCGAAACAACUUGACCCGACGUGGUAUACAGACAAUAUCUAUUCAAAUCGCUCCGAAGAUCUUGAAGAGGACUAUGUGCCGGAGUGCCUAAAAUAUGGAACGUAUCGCAAGCUUCGCAACAUCCGUGAACAGGAUGAGUUCUUUGUGGAGGAUGCUUUGGAUGAUGUGCCACCGAAUGUUGGUAGUAAGGGCAAGCGUGGCGAAGGGGAAGGUUCCUCCGGUUAUGGGUUGCACCGCUCAAUUAGCUGUAAGGAGUUUCAGUAUCCAAAAUCGCAGAGUUGUUAUGUGAUGAGUGGUGGCACAUCCUAUGAAGGUGGUGGUACCACAUCCAUAUUGAAGAAAACCAAUGUGCCCAAAUCGUAUUCGUUUAGUGCCACGACGUCUAAGACGACACCCUUCGAUGUGAUGGACUACGAACUGCCGCAAACGGGCGCAACGCGCCGCGACAAACAAGAGGCCUUCCGCAAGUCCGCGGGCUACUACUGCAGCAGCAGCCUUGACGAGAGCACGCUAGCAUAUGUGACUCACGAAGCGCCGACGUCAACGCCGCCGCCACCUCCGGCGCCACAUUCAUGUUGCGCGCGCGAACAUUGCACCAGCGCCAAUUGCCUGCUUGACGAAAUCUAUCCGAGCUACACGGCGGCGGCCGGACGUCGUACAUGGCGCAGCCGUGGCACGCCCGUGGGCAUGUAUAGCGCUGGCGCCAGCGGUGGUAGCAACAGAAACCUACAUACCGCCUCCGCCUCCACCACCGCCGAUUGGGUCGAAGAACGGGAACGCGGUAGCCAGCGUGUGGCAGCGGCUUCGCGCUACUCUAUACACUCGGGACGUGGGCGCGAUCAUGAACGUGAACGCCACAGCGAUCGUGAGUGUGAGCAGCCACCGCCGCCGCCACCAACGGUAAUUUGUUGUUGUGCCGCCGAUGACUAUUGCUACCACCGCCAGCAACAGCGCCAUAUUGCCAGGUCGCGUUCGCGCCUACACUGUCCAGGCCACCACCCGGCAGCCGAAGAAGAAGAACAUUUACACUGCCGCGCCAUGGCCUACGACACCGAUCUCGAUCAUUUCAUUCGCGAUGAACGAGAACGUCUGCUACUGCAAGACAAAUUCCUAGACGAAGACGAGCGCUAUCUAUCCAAUGCUGGACCAAGUUUGCACUAUACAAACCAAUAUAGGCGUCCGGCGCGUAGCAAGUCUCUUUUGGAAGUACAACCACCUAAUCGUUAUGAUGACGACACGUGCUCGGACUCCACCGAAAUGGACUUGGAAGACUUUAAUGUAGACUUGGAAAAGUAUUGGGCCGAAUUGGAUAAGCCACCGAGUCCCGUUGAUUUAGAUAUGCAACGUCGGAAUAUGCAAAGCAAUUUGAAGGCGAAAAGUGUCAGUGUAGGUUGCUAUAACAACGGCCAGCCUAUCGAUAUGCACGAUCGUGAGCAGGAACGAAUGAUGAUAAAGAAAUCGCUUCUCGAGGGUAUGCCCUCUCCGCCACAAGUGGAGUCGUCGGCGCCUGACGGCUCCUCACUACAUCAUGGCGCCAACAAUUCAGGUGACUUUCAUUUUUUUGAACAAGCUGGCUCGCCCCUCCACCGCGCCUAUAACUAUGGCCACAAAGUGUACCCGGUCGCAGAUAGCCUACCCUCUUACAAAUAUAAUAACUUCUACACAGAUCAUGAAGUUCAGACCAAACAGCCUACAACCGGUGGACCUCACCCCUCUGCCGGAGGUCAUUCAGCACUCAGUCUAAUCAAUAACAUAUUCUCCAUCUACAAGCCAAACAAGUAUUCAGCCCAAAACUGCCAAAUGAAUGUCGAAACCAAACCCGAGCCUUGCAAGAAAAUGAAUGUCCCGUCAAGCCGUCGACCCCUAGGUGCCUCACAUCCCGAGUACAUGCACUCAAUAAAACGGCCGAUGUUGGUUAGUACCGAUCAGCCACAAUUCAAAAUAAUACCCGAAAAGACGGGCCUGAAAAUUACACCGUUAUACACGUACGAAGACUACAUGGUCGAGAAGCCACAAUCACGACAUAAAUUCGGUGGCAUGACGCGGCCGGUGGUGCCUCCGCACUGAUGGUGCUGGACCUUUCCAUGGUAUGGCGGUUGUUAGGGACACCGGGGCUGAAGAGAGCUGGUGAAAUAAGCGCGAAGCUGAAAUAGACUCGAUAAGUGUUGAAAAGGAUGCAGGUCAUGGUAGCAGCCACGGAGGCAGUGUGCAAGUUGUGAGGAGGCGAACGAUUAGAAAAACGAAACGAACAGGCGCUGGUGAAACGCACAAAUAGCUAUUCUUAGCGAAACUUAACUUAACUUAGAAAAAUUUUAGCGUCAUUGGAAGGCAGCCAUACAACAAUAGUAAAAAAAAGUUCCACACUCUACCCUACCCUACCUUUAGCCUGAAUAUUGAAAACUGAAUCUCCAUUAUUGCAAGUAGGACCAACAAUCAAGAGCAUCACCAUCCUGGUGACUUCGUGUCAUCUUCGUCUUUAAACGUGAGAUGUGUGUUCGUACAUCUUCGUCUUCAGCGACUUUAGAAGAUUACAUUUCGCAUAUUUUCGGUUUCGGUUUCGGUUUAGUCAGCAUCAUUCAGCUCCACAGCAAGUUCAGAGGGUAAUUUCCAAGUCUCGCGACUAGGAUUGUCAGAGUACAAAUGUAUUUGGGUCGAGUCAGCAACACUAUACCAAUGGAAAGUCAUCAAAUAAAAUUGAUGUGAUAAAGUUAAUAAUAAAGAAACAUAUAUGACAUAGGAUUUAAUAUAAGGAUGAAAUAAGUAAAACGAAGAAGUAGCGAUGGUCACACGUAGUACAGUGAGAAGCAGCUUUGAGAAGUGCGUGCGUAAACUUAUUUAUGUGCGUUGGAGCUGCCCAUUAUAAUCGCAUUUGAUCUCCCGGCAUUAACGGUAAUUAUUUGAAAGCUUCCAACUGAAAUCUGAGUAAAGAGCACAGAAGUAAUUCUUGUGGGAUUUUGAGUAUUACCUUCGCUUUAUUACAUUCUCUUUAGUUGUUAUUCAAAACCAAUAAUUUAAUUUUCUAUUUAACUGUUAACUGUGUAUUGAUAUCUUUGGCAGUAAGGCUAUGCCUUUCGGUCUGUUUAUAUUUUACAAAAAAGAGAGUAUCAAGCCAAUACUUCAAUGGCUAAGCACUGUACAUCUCAAAGCUUUAAAUUUUUAUUCCUCUCUCUUUUAAACACCUUUGUUUCUGCUUUCAUGUAAUAUUCUAGAAAUCUCUAUUUGAAUAAGAUUACUCACUGAAAAUCCUGUUACUAAAAUGCGCUCUCGAUCUCUCAAUCACAAAAAAAAAUACACAAAACAAAAUGAACUCAAUUCGACAAGGAAGAAAGAAAAGCAAAACAAAACAAUAAUUGAAUAUUGGUAAACAAUCAUAAAAUAUACAAAAAAAAAAUAUAUUUACACAAUACUAUACAAGUAUAUUUAAAAGAUCAAUGAAUCAUCUAAGAAAACAAAACAAAGAGUCAUAUCCAAAAUUCCUACUUAAAAAAGAAGAAAAAGAAGAAGAAAAUAUGUAUAUCUACGAAACGCAUGUAACUGUAUAUUGGUAAGUGCAUUUGUAGUAGACGCUGCAACGGUAGAAGGCAGACCUUGAUAUGAACUUAGUCCGAAGUUUAGAGACACUUUUUGCAAGAGCAAACAAAUAUUUAUUGAAGCUAACGUACAUACAUAAUGAAUAAUGAAUAUCAAUUUUUUCCAAUACAAAUAUAUAAACGUUUAUAAACUUUUCUAUUUUUUAUACCAAAAAUGACAACAACAAUUUGAUAAUGUUAUUUUUUUUGGAGACUUGCAUACAUAACCGAACACAUUUUCCAAUUAAAUAAAUCUAAUAUUGUACAAUUUGAGAAACUAACAAAGCAUUGAAACGAAAGCAUAGGUUAGGUCUGUUGAGCCCUUCGCUAAGCAGUUGGCAUUAGAAAAUGGUGUUAAAUGGAAGCUUCCGUACUCUCAUGUGCAAAGCUCUACUGUAAGGAGAAAAGCUUCUUUAUUCCAAAGAGCAACAUGAAAGCUCGACAUUUGACUAUGAAAGCUGCGGGAACUUUUGAUAAAUAAGUGAAUUUAUAUUUAAUGGAGGAGUUAUGAGUUCAACUGAAGGUCACAAAUAGAAUAUUGGCUAAUGCUAAUGGAAAGGCAGCCGAUUCUUAAGGAUGUGUUUGAAAUAAAAAACAGCGGAAGCUCAACCGAUCGUAGGAUAAACAUAUGCAAAGUAGAUGUUAGAAGAACUUGCAGCACUUAGAAUUCUUAGCACAGCUGAAUGUUAAAUGUUAAACAAUGAAAUGAAGAAAUGAACAUGCAAAUUGGAAUAUAGUAGAUAUUGCUAUAUUUAUUAUAAAAAAUAACAAAAAGACAAAUGAAUGUUUACAACCAAAAUGCUCUCAAAUUAAAGAGUAAAUUAAAUAAUAAAUUAAAGUCAUCUAGUAUAAGAAAUCAACAGAAUAUCUUAAGGUUAAGGAGCCCUUCUAGCGUCUAAGGAAUUAGGUAAAUAAAAAUAUUGAGAACCACAAAACGCAUUUUAGCAAAUCUUAUUGCAAAUCUUAUUGCUGACAUUUGAACGAAAACGAUUAGAAACCAAACGAUGAACUUAGUACUUAGAAUUCGCUUUUUUAUAGUGUAUCCACGGGCCUUAUUUUUCAGCAAGUAAAAAGCAAACAAAAAACCAAAAACGUAAAACAAAAACAAAAGCAAAAGCAAAAGCUAAGAAACACAAUUUGUAAGACAAUGAUGAAGCCGAUUACCAAGCGAAGCGCAUCCAAAGUAGAUGUUGUUGUAAUUUGAUAUAAAAUAAACGCUCUGUCACUUGGCAUUUUAGAUUUUUGCAGAGAGAGCGAACUGAGUGUCUGCAGUUACACUUUUAAAUAUUGAUCAAAUCCCGUUAGAUUUGUAGAUCCUCAGAUUUGUAAAAUACACUCCUUUUUCCAUAGAUUCAUCAAGAGUAUUCCAUUUAACAAGGCCAGAGAGGCAAUUUAAUCAAAUUAAAAUAUUGCGAAAUAUAUAGAAGCCCUCUCAGUUUGUGCAAACUUUCGAAGCUUAUUAAAAUAUAUUCCUAAUACAAUGCAUGAUUAAAGCUUUUAUUACAACACAUAGUCAAAACCUUUUAAUUGAUCGACAUCGUUUAUAUAGUUAUAAAUAUCGCACGAGUUUCAAAACAUAUUUCUUUCAAAAUGCCAGAAUUCGAUUGCUGAAGUAGUAGAUAUGUAAGAUUUGAAAAUAAUGCUCUUAUUGGGAAACCACCAGCAUUUAAUAUUAUUUGAAAUAUUAAUUUGAAAAUAUUUUGUAUAAAAUUUCCAACGAUUUACUCAAGAAAAUUGUCGCUUCAAUGUCUCCUAUCUGUCCAUAAGACUACUUUCAGAAAUUUCUCUAUGCAACCCUGGUUUGUGAACAACAGAGUUGUUAAUAGUGAUGUAUUCAUCCAUUUUAGGAGUUUUAGGUUUUUUUUAAUUUUUUUAAGCAUAAGUCCAACUGCGGGUUCCCAACAUUUAUCCAUAUGUCAAUUCAUAUGUUGUAAAAAAGUUAAGAAAUAUUUAUUCCGUGAGAUUAUAGUAAGAGUCUAAUCGAUUUUCUUACCCCCAUAUCAAUAAAUAAUAAUUAUGAAAUAAUUUCUACAACAUUUUCGUUUAAUGGGAAAGUAGAAUCUUGUUUGUGUACUCUUACAUUCGAGUACUCAUUAAAGGCCACCUUUAUUUAUACCCGCCUCUUUCACAGUUAGAAAAGGAUUACGAGAAUGCAUUAAAUCCGUAUUCAGUAGAAAUAAUUUAGAAUAUGCUAUUUGUAGGAUCCACCAAGGAACUGGGGUUUAAGACAAAUUAGAUAAGAAUACAGUUCUCACUAUUUAAGUUAAUUUUAAUUUCAUAGAAUCCAUUCGAAUUCUAUAACAUAAAACAAAGUGUCAUCGUAAUGAAAGCUCUUUUAAUUUCUGUGGUAUUUUGGAAUUUUUGCAUUGUCUCCGUGUCCUUGUCCUUUCAUUCACAAGUUUUCCUAGACCUCUCCCGUUUCUUAUGAAAAUGAAAAUAUACAAAAUGACUUUGUUGUUGAAUGUAUGUAUGUUUGUAAUAUGUAUAUAGAAAUAUGAUAAAAUUAAUUGACAGUUUUAUGAACAAAUAAACAAAUGAACGCCCAAUUCUUAUGAAUGAAAAAAUUUUUAAAACACAUCUCACCCUGUGCGCCCAAACACUGUCCACCAGGCGCUUGCACUGAGCGAGAUCCCCGGCGGGGGCAGGGGUAGCAGGGUGUACCAGAAUGUGAGGAAAACUAAAAUUUAUGAAAAAACGCGUGUGUGAAAGCACGCUGCAAUUGGCACUAGCAGACUAAAUAGUCGUAAAUAGUUAAACUAAGAUGAACAAAAAGCAAAUAGUACUUUGCGUAAUUUAUGAAAUAAUUAGUAAAUGUAGUUAUAAGAAAGGCUUAAGUAACAAGAAUCUAAUGUAAUGUAACUGUAAACAAAUUAUGUAUGUUUAAGUAAAGCAAAACUUGGCCGGUGGCACCGACACCAACAAAAGUAUGCCAUAUAACAAAAACAAAAUAGGAAAUUAGUAUCACAACAGCAGCAAAAGCAGCAGCAUAAAGUUCUCAACACUACCGUUACGUGGGAAAAUGCAGCGCCUAAAAGCGAGCUACAUUAAUUCGUCGUCAGGCUGCAGAAAUCCGACACAAGCAUCCCAAAUUUCAUAUGAAAAAAUCCAUUUUGUUGACUUAUUUUUGAAAGUAUUAUAUGUAGAUCAAUCAACUCAUCCUAAAAUGGCUUGGAAUUAAAAACAACUACCUUUUUUUCAAAUAAAAAAAAAGUUAAGUCAUACAAAUGAAAAAAAGUUGAAGAGCGAUAGUGAAAAGAGAUCAAAAAGAGAGCAAAAUGUUACAGCCACCGAUGCUAGUUUCAUUCUCACCACCAUUAUGAGAAAUCGUAAAAAAUAAUAAAAGAAGAAAAAAUAAAAA